AAAACAUCAAUAAAGAAUUAGAAAAAGAAAUUAGAGAAAUUAGAAAAGAAAUUGAAGAAAAUAACAAAAAAUUUGAUGAUAUUAAAAAUCAAAAUAAUUUAAUUCUAGAAAUUUUAACUAAAAAAUAA